AUGGAAGGUACUGAUUCACAGUCCACACCAACAAAUGAAGGAUCGGCAUCAAAGUCAAGUUCUGAAAAUGUUAGGCAAAAAACUGAUAUAGCUUGGAGAUAUGCUAUAGAAGGACAAGAUUCACAAGGUAGAAGAAUUUUGAUAUGUCAAUGGUGCAACAGUAUUUUUAGAGGGGGAGGUAUUAAUCGAGUGAAGCAUCAUCUUGCAAAAGUGAAGGGUAAUGUGGCUCCAUGCAAAAAUGUGCCAAAUGAUAUUCAGCAGACAAUGGAAGAUUCAUUGAACGAAAAUGUUAAAAAAGCAAAAGAGAAAAAAGGGAUAUUUGAAAUUGGAAAUCCAUUAGGCCGAAGUGUAGCGGGAUUUGAAGGUGAUGAUAUUCAAGAAAUUCCUCAUCCAAAAACAAAGGCAACUCAAACUAGUGGGAAUAAGGGAAAAAGAAAGGCACAUGGCAUUGAAUCUUAUAUGAUAGGUAAAUCUCUUGAUCGCUCUCAACCGAGUAUCAAGUCUUGUAUGCAAAGUAAAGAGAGAUGGCAUGAUACUGACAUGGCUAUAGCUUUGUGGUUUUAUGAUGCAUGUAUUCCAAUGAAUGCUUGUAAUUCUCCCUAUUACCAACAAGCAAUUGAAAAAAUAACAAGUAUGGGUCAUGGUUAUCAAGGACCUAGUUAUCAUGCUUUAAGGGUAAUUUUGUUGAAAGAUGCAAAGAAGCAAGUUGAAUUAAUUGUUGACAAUCUACGUAGUAAAUGGGCUGAAACUGGUUGCACAAUUAUGGGUGAUGGCUGGAAGGAUAAUAGGCAAAGAAGUUUGAUCAAUUUUUUGGUCUAUUGUCCUAGUGGGAUCUCAUUUAUCAAAUCUGUUGAUGCUUCAGAUUUUGAGUCUAAUGCUGAAUAUUUGUGUAAUCUGUUUUCAGAAAUUGUUGAGAUUGUUGGAUCUAGUAAUGUUGUUCACAUGAUCACAGAUAAUGCAAGUAAUUAUAAAGCUGCCGGUCGAUUACUUUCUGAAAAAUAUCCUACAAUUAGUUGGUCUCCUUGUGCAGCACAUUGUUUGAAUUUAAUUAUGAAAGAUAUUGGAGAAAUGACUCAUGUGAAAGAUGUAAUUACUCUUGCUUCUAGAGUCACUGUGUAUGUUCAUAAUCGAAAGUGGAUUCUUAGUUGGUUAAGAAAAAGGCCUGGUUGGAGAGAGAUUCUUCGUCCUGCGGAAACACGAUUUGGUACUAAUUUUAUUGCUUUGAAGAAUCUUCAUGAUUUGAAACAGCAUUUGGAGGCUUUAGUGACUUCUAGUGCAUACAAGAGAGAGUUGAAAAAUGAAAAAGGUAAAGAAGUCAAACAAAUUGUUGUUAAUGGGAAGUUUUGA